CUCUUUUAAAGCCGACCGUACUGCACUUCAACUGUAUAUUUUGUGGUGAUAAGCAGAAGAUUCAUUAGAGCGCAGUUUAUUUCCUCAGGCGGUUGUUCUACAAAAACAUUUUAAGUCUUCGUACUUCUGAAGUUUUCGCGAUGUCUUAAUUUGUUAAACUCAUCUGGAGCGUGACCCUUUAACGACAGAUCAAAUAUCGUUGAAAUACAACCUCUGAGUUUUCAAAAACGUCAAAUUUUCUGUUGCGUACGCAACUCUCUAAAUUGACGUAAUAUAAACGCACGCGUCAUCAAGUUAAUUUGACGUCAUUGACCUAGACAUAUACUUCACCUAUGAAGCAUCAGUUGGAUUCAAGAUUGAUCAUGUUUCGAUACUCGAUGUUCAGAAGUCUUCGUAAAUCUUCAAAACAAAAAGAAGAAAAGGAAAGUGAACAAAUCAUUCAGCAACCAGUUAUCGGGUCCAUCUCCGAUCGUUCGCUUUUAUCGCAAAGAGGUUAUGUUCUGUCUGAUCAAACACUUGGCGAGGGAAGCUACUCGAAGGUUAAACGCGCUUACUCGAAAUAUCAAAACUGUGAUGUUGCUGUUAAAAUUAUCAAUAGACAAAUAGCUCCACAGGAUUUCCUUGAACGUUUUUUACCUCGAGAGCUUGAAAUAAUCGGCCAUCUAAACCACGAGAACAUUUGCAAAUUCUUUGAAGUUUGUGACACUGGGCGGCGAGUGUAUGUGUUUAUGCAAUACGCUUGUGAGGGCGAUUUAUUGGAAUAUAUUCAACGAAAUAGUUUUGUUAAAGAAAGUAUGGCAAAAGAAAUGUUUCGACAGAUUGUAGAAGCAUUAGAUUACCUGCACGUACAUAACAUUUUGCAUCGAGAUUUGAAAUGUGAGAAUAUACUCCUUGAAAAAGGCUUUAAACCUCUGCUUACAGACUUCGGGUUUGCGAAAUAUACAGCUGAUAUUACCGACCUAAACAAAACGUACUGUGGUAGUUCUGCAUACGCUCCUAUUGAAAUACUUAAAGGUACCCCUUACGAUGGACGCAGUGCUGAAGUGUGGAGUCUUGGGUGUAUACUCUAUACCAUGACCACCGGUACCAUGCCAUUUAAUGACAGCAACAAAAGUGAACACAUCAGACAAAUGAAGAGAGGACCAGUGUUUGGUAGAUCACGUCAAAAGAUAACAGUCUCUCUUCAAAUUUUAAUAUCAAAUGUGCUUCAGUUGAAAGCAACAGCACGACCUACGUUGAAAGAAAUACUUCAAAGUGAAUGGUGCGCGACAAGCAUAGAUGACUUUGAAGUUAAUUCUUAAUGUUUAUUUUCCUUA